AUGUUCCACAGGACCUUCACCGCCAUCGCAAUUACCGUUCUUCUCAGCUUCACGGCGCCUGUACUGGCGACUAACCAUAUGUCAGGCCUGGCUGUCUCGAACAGUCCAGGAGGAACGACGACCUAUGGCUGCCGUUCUCAAGCUCAGGUAUGUAAAUGUAUUUUGCUCAACUCGAUGCCGGUUAGUAACCAAGUCAUUCAGUGGAAUCAACUGGCCAACGAUGCCAAAAGCCAGGGAUUCAAGAUAAUACGUAUCAUCGGGUUCGAUUGCAAUGCUCUUGACCUUGCAUCUUCAGCUGCAGCCUCUGCAGGCCUCCAAAUCAUGGCAGGAAUCUAUGCACAAUCUGUAAAUGAGUUCAAUGAUGUGCAAACAUUCCGUGCAGCAUACACUAAAUAUGGAGCAGGCCGAUAUGUCGGAUUGACGGUUGGAAAUGAGGUCCAAGAUUCUGUUGGUAACAUUAUGGCAAAAGUAUACGACGUCCGAGGGUACCUCGGAUCGGUGGGCGUUACAACCCCCGUUUCCACUGUACACACUUGGGUUGACAUUCGAAACAAUCCCGCCCUGUGUGGUGCCGACUUUGUUGGGGCAAAUGCACAUGCAUUCUAUGACGGAGGUGUAAAUUCAGGGCAGGCUGGUAGCUUCCUUUACAACACUGUCAAACCCGCGUUGCAAGCUGCGUGCCCCGGAAAGAAGAUAUACAUUACCGAGACUGGUUGGCCAUCUCGAGGCAGCAAUAAUGGAAAUGCAGCCCCAUCCGUACCCGAUGAGCACAACGCAAUUUCCAGCAUCAACUGUGCCGCUCGUGACACAAGCAUGACAAUAUUUGCUUUCGAAUACGAUGACCAAUUGUGGAAGACGGGUGGUGCCGUUGAACAGAGCUUCGGAAUCUUCGGCAAAAUCCUGCCAGGAGACGCUUUAAACGCAUGCUAA